AAAGAAAAGGGUGAUGAGAAAUAUAGCAACUUUGGUUAAAUGGAAAACAGAAGAAAACAAAAGAGCUGAGGGGUGAGGACCAUACACAGAAAGACAGAGACAACCACCAACAUGGCUUCUCUCUCUACUUCUCUCCACUCAUAAUUAUUUAGGGAUUUGCAAGUGGAUCGGUUUCUGCAAUUUUUGCAGGUUUGGGGGUGAAGGGUUUUUGAGUUUUCUAAUGAUUGGGGAGAUAGCAGAGAUUUUUGCAUGAUUCGAGGUGCAAGGUCUCGAACUUUUACCGGAUUCUUGAUAUUUUCUGGUGGGCUGUUGCUUUCCUGAAGGGUCUUCCAUUUUUUGCAUUUGGGUGGUAUAAGUUGGGUCACUUUUUAAAUGUGAAGAAGGGGUUUGAUCUCUGAAUUGCUCUAGUUUGUCCGGUUUGCUGGUGUGGUUUUUCUUGUUUUCCCUUAUAAACUGGAAAUUUGGUUGAGAGCCUAUGAAGUAGGAAAUUCUGAAUUUGGAUUUGUGACAAUAUUUCAGUGGCAGAAAUUAUCAGGGUUUUUUGGAAACUAGUGGAGUAAAAACAGAUGUUCUUGGCCUGAGGUUUCUCUCUGACUGUAAAGGAAUGGGUGACAGUUGGAAAAAUUGAGUUUUUAAAAGUGUUUUUUGCUGCUUCAGUCGUCUUUGGUGUUUGGGACCAAGAAUGGAAACAAAGAAAGUUCUUGUAAUAGGAAGUGAAAGUGAGUCUGAAAGUGAAAUUGAAAGCCAGAGCUUAGAUGAGGUUAAUAUGGAAGAGCCUCACUGUUCUGAAAUUGAAAUGAUGGAAAUGGAAACUGCUGAGGAUGAAAUAUCAAGGGCAAGCAAUGAGAGUAAACAUGGAACUGAUAUUGUAGCUUUUAGUUCCGAGAAGGGUGAGGGAGGAAGCGAUGGAAAUGUGGUUUUCUCAAGAGAAGCUCCGCUUGUUAUUAAGGAAGAUUCGACUAUAAGUUCUUGUAGCUGUGGUGCUGAGAAACUUAAAUCUAGAUUGGCUGCUUCUAAUUCUGAGCCUGGAAAAAAUGGGAGGAAGCUCAGUCGACAAGAUAGAAUUGAGUUAGGUAGGUUGUUUCAGGGGGCUGUGAGUUCCCAUGAUUGGGAGCUUGCUGAGAGUCUGAUUUUGUUGGCCGAUCCUCAGACUCUAAAUGAUGCACUAUGCAUUUCUUUGGAUUCAAUCUGGUUCUUGAGCACACAGCAAGAAUUAUAUGGAAUUACUGGAUUGAUCAAGAAGAUCAUUGCUAAUGGGGCCUAUGACUUCACUCGAGCUGCACUUAGGACCUCAUUUCUUGCAUCUUGUGUUUCUGCUUGUCAGAGUCGGACGAUGAGCCUUGCUGACACUGUUACCGUGAUGGCUCAAAGGUUACAUGAAAGGCUUCAGGAAUGCAACGGAGACGAAGUCUUGAAGGCAGAAGCAGGUGCCAAGGUUCAGAAAUUUACUGAGUGGGCUCUUAAAUGUAUAAGUUUCCAUUCUCGCUGCCAGGGAAAUCGGGACAGAGUGGGUCAUAAUUCUCCUGUUGAGAUCCAACUACAGUUAUCUGCUUUCAAGACCUUCCUCGAUCUUGCAGGCAACCAUCUUACUGGGAAGGAUUUCACUGAAGCAUUUGAUGCGGCUUGCUUCCCACUUACGCUCUUCUCUAGUUCAUUUGACCCUGGUUGGGCAUCAGGUAUAUCAGCAACUGCAAUCCAAGGAUUGUUGGGCAUGCUGGUUGAGGGUGGUGCAGACAAUGUUAACCAGUGUUUCCUGGAGGCUUCACGGUUUGGGAGCACAGAACUUGUUCGUAUUCUGUUGCAGAUUGCUCAAAGGAACAGCUUGGAUGUAGAUGUUGACCUCGCAUUGGGCUUUGCUUCACACUAUGGUAAAAUUGGCACCAUGGAGUGUCUGGUGGAGGAGGGUAAUGCUAUGGCUUUCUUGGGUCCUUUAAUGAGAGCUGCCGAGAGGGGUUGUAUGCCAGUUGUUCAGUGGUUUGUCCAAAGGGGUUGCCGGGACAUGGAACUUUGUCUUGCCCUCACAGCUGCCACGUCGAGCAGUCAAGUAGAGGUUGCAGCGUAUCUCCUCCCUCAUGUUCCUCACCAUGUCCUUGCUGCCCUCAGCAUCGAAAUUCUCAAGGCUGCUGGCGAACGAAGCGGUGGGUCUCUCAAUGGGGUAGCCUUCCUCCUCCACUCUGAUUUCUUAGGGGAUCCCGCCGCAACCUACGCCGUCGCCGACAGCAUUGCUCGAUCCGACGACGAGGCCGUUGCUCCUGAGCUCAAGUCUUUCCUCCGAGAGCACUGGUCUGAGGCAGCUUUCCUAGACGGACUGAGAGAAGGAGAAGCACAUUUCUCAAACCUGGUGCGGAUUCUAAAAUGGGGCAACUCUCCAAUCUGUCUACGGGAUCUACCCGCCCCUCUGAGGGUGGCGGUGGCUUAUCUGCCUCUGUAUAGGGAGUGCGUCAAGGCAGGAGGCCGCCUUUUAUCCCAGAGGCAUCGAGGGCAGCUCGUGGAAGCAGCCAGGAGGCUUGGGGGACAGGUCCUGGACGAGCCGGGCCAAAAGAGAGAGUUACUGGCUGUCCUGGAACACCAUCUGCCUCCGUUUUUCAUCGGAGGUGUGGUUUAGUGCGAUAGGAAGUGUAGAUUUUUGAACAUGAAUCAUCCUCUCCUGCUUUCUGCUCUGCGUCUUGCUCUCAUGUUACAGAAAAAAUGAUAAAUAAUCAAAGUAUUAGACAUGUUGAAGUUGGUAGGUAAGUUAGCUAAUGUGUUAGUGUUUCUCUGCCCUUUUGAAUAUAUGGUGAUGCAAUCAUGCGAAUGGAUGUGGCUGUAAGUAAACCCCUUACCUUAUGUAUCACAACACAAACUGUAUCAAAUGGUUGGCAUUGCAAUCUCAUGAAAAAUUAUAUGAA